ACCGUCUUCUCCGCAUCUUCACUUGCCUUUGCCCUGCACCACGCUUGUCAGGCGCAAUUAAUCGCGCAGUCUCGAAACUUGCAAGUUAUCUGCUCGGUGACGCCUCCGUCUUCCGCCCUCCGCCUGCAGUGUCUGCGCGCAUCCCAUCCUACCAUAAACCCCGCGACUCUUCUCAUCAAGCCACCGACACACGCGACUCGACCAUUUUCUGACUCUCUGCUACGAACCCGCCAUUUCUUGCUGUUGCUGUUACUGUUACCGUGACACCCACCAUGACGCGAAGAAUAGUAUACGGCGCGGGGCUCGCCUUUACCUUGGCCUGCACCGUCAUGACGAUUGCGAGCAUCUCCAUGCCCCGAUGGGUCAGCUUCAGCCCCAACGGCGAGCGCGAAUACUCAUACGGCCUCCACAGUCGCUGCUCUGCCGUCACAGGCACCUGCGUUCCUUUUCCCAAAUCGAGCGACUGCUCCAAAGAUCCAUCCUUUUGCAACAUGUGGAGGACAGUCGGCUUCCUGACCUCCUUCGGCGUCGUCGUUGAGCUAUGCGCCAUCGUUUCCUUCAUUGUCAUCAUCUCAGGUGGUGUGCAGCGUAGGGCCGCUGGUUGGCAGGUUGCCGUGGGCGUGCUGUCCUUCAGUGCAAUUGUGCAGUGCGCCGCCAUGGCCAUAGUGUCCUACCUAUUCAACAACGACGACCGCUUCUGGAAAGGUUGGCACCUCGACCUUUCGUGGUCUCUAUGCACCGCUAGUUGGACCAUCCUUAUUCUGACUUCGGUCGGCAUCGCCGCAUCGGCCUUCUACCUGCCAACUGAGGGCGAUUACGAGCUCAUCCCCGAGGAAUACUAUGGUCCGCCAGACGAUCGGCUUAUUUCGCGCAUCGCCGCAUGGGAUAACGGAUUCAAGGGUACCGACUCGGGCAUGCAAUAUAGCUAUCAGCGGGACCAGGACAGCAUGAGUGAUGUCGUCAGUAUCGCUGCGAGCAGUAUUGCACCCAGCUUUCGACGGGAGAGUGAUGUCCGGAAGUAAAUCAAAAACGCAUCUUGGACAUCAACUUGUGGCAUAGCGGCAUGAUAACGACGAAUACAAUUUCUCAGAGUGAAAUGUAAUAUGGAAGGAUAGGGUUCAAGGCUUUGGGGGAAGGGAGGGCAUCUGUUAUUACUUUUGACGUCAAUUUGUCUAUUAAGCAUGUUCUCCG